AUGCCCCCCGAACAACAACUAAGGUUAUUUGGGCGUCAAAGGUCCGUACAUGCCAUUCUUGGAGGAGGAAAAGUUGCGGAUAUCUUGUUAUGGAAGAAUAAAACAGCAGCAGCCUCGCUGUUGAUAGGAAUGACAGUGAUAUGGUCUCUUUUCGAGGUUAUGGAGUACAGUUUGGUGACUCUCUCCUGUCACAUUUCUAUGGCCAUGUUGCUUGUAGCUUUCAUUUGGUUCAGAAUUCAAAUAUAUUUCGAUUAUCGGUUUUUUCUCAAGGAAACUAUAGUAAGUGAAUCAACAUUAAGAGAAGUUGUUUCAACCUUCUGCGAGAGAUUAAAUGAGGUACUAAUGGAGCUUAUCGACCUUGCAUAUGGAAAAGAUUUGGUUAUUGAAAUUAAUCCAAUUCUCAUAUUUCUGAGUAUUGUUUGUCUCUACAUAUUGUCCGUAAUUGGAAACCAUUUCAACUUCUUAAAUCUCCUUUAUUUCAGUUUCCUCUGCUCGGAAACGUUGCCCUUUCUGUAUGAUCGAUAUGAGGACUACGUUGAUUCUUUUGCAGACAAAGGGAUCCAUGGAUUGAAGAAAUUGUUCACAAAAGUUCCAGAGGUUAAGAAAAAUGAUUAA